CACAGAGAAUGCGGGGUUUUGGAAACACAGCUGUAAUCUGCAGCCCGAGAAACAAAGCAGGAUGGUGAGGAUUUUCCUUGUGUGGGUGUGGAUUCUUUUCCCAGGCUGUUGGGCUCUGACUGGACCUUGGAAGGUGAACGGGACCGUGGGUGGAUCAGUUCUUGUGUCUUGUCAGUACAGCAAAGAUUAUCGAAGUUACAAGAAGUACUGGUGCAGGGGAGACAACUGGAGCCAAUGCUCUGUGGACGUUCAGACUACAGGGUCCGAGGAGGAAGUAAGACAGGAGAGACUCUCCAUCAGAGACAAUCAUACUCUGUGCAUAUUCACAGUGACCAUGAAGGACCUUCAAGAGGAGGAUGAUGACACUUACUGGUGUGGAAUAGAGACAUUUGGAAUUGAUCUCAUGAUCCUUGUUCGAGUGUUCAUUCUCCCAGCUGUCCCCACUUCCCCACCCCCCGACAUCGCCACCUCAACAACAUCAGGAAAGGAAGAGACAACAGAUGUUGAUGUUUCCACCAUUCCAGACUUCACAUGGGCCAUGGGAGAGGCCGUUAAUGCAAGUACCAUAGACCCAGUCCUUCACAUCAUGACACCAUCCAUCCUGCUGGUUCUCCUUGUGAUCAUCCUCAUUGUGGUAGGACUUGUAAGAGUAUCGUGGAAGAAGAAAAAAGAUCUUAAGAAAACAUUGCAACCACAGAACAAGAACUUCUAUCUCUGUAAAUUGAAGCAUGAAGCUGAUCCUGCCCAGUCGGACAUGUACGUGAACAUGCCGCCUACAUCUAGCCUGUCCCUUCCUGAGAAUGACUACGAAAACUUGCAAGGGAUGAGUCAGGCUUCACCUUCCACAGCAAAGCAUCCGCCCGCCCAUCAAGAGGCCAUCUAUACCAACAUGUGCCCAGGCACAGCCAGGCUGAACCCUCGCCAUCAGCAAGCAAAGCGUGGGAGGAAAAAGUGACUGGCCCAUACUCUUCUCACCAAUGGGAGAUGUAGCAGCUUAUUCAGAUUUUCCCACUUCAAACCUAGCACUGAGUCAAGUUAUUCAUUCCUGUCUGAGGUUUGAGGG